AUGUUCAUGCCUCAACAACCCCAACUUUCUCCUGAGCAAAAGGCUAUGCUUCGUCAACGCACAGUUUCAACUGUUUCCAACUUUGCCCUUGUUGUAUUUGCCAUUCGUGCCGCACCCUUUGCCCUCGAACAAGUCAAAAAAUUAUUGUAA